AUGUCGAAAUACAAGAAACUCGUUCUGAUCACCGGCGCCAAUCAAGGCGUCGGCUACGAAACAGCCAAGAAUCUGGUUUUGUCUUCCGUUGAUUAUCAUGUCGUUAUUGGUAGUCGAAACGAAGCCAAAGGCCAAGAAGCAGCCGAAAACCUUCAGUCUCUGGACAGCAUCAGAGGAACGGUCUCCAGCAUACAACUAGAUGUAACAAACGACACUUCAGUCGACAAUGCAGCUCGCACUCUGGCAUCAGAAUGGGGUCGACUCGACAUCCUCGUCAACAACGCAGGCAUAAUCUCAACCGCUAGCCCUCCAACACGCGGCGCAUUUCGCACCAUUCUCGAAACCAAUCUCGUAGGCGCAUUGAGCGUCACUGAAGCUUUCCUUCCGCUUCUACGCAAGGCAGAGCACAAACCACCACGUCUCAUCUUCGUCACAUCAAGCACAGGAUCCAUCACUCACGCUUCCGACCCAGACUCACCUUACUACAAUCCGUAUGGUACAGAGUACCGGACGAGCAAAGCUGGGCUGAAUAUGUUGAUGGCGAUGUACUAUGUGAGACUCAAACCAGAGGGCUUUUUGGUGUUUGGCGCGGAUCCGGGAUUGUGUGCGACGAACUUUACGGGUGAUGCUGGAUCACUUCGUAACCGAGGGGCUGCUGAGCCGGAGGAUGGAGGAGAACGAGUUGCCUGUGUAGUUAGAGGAGAGAAGGAUGGGGAUGUUGGAAAGGUUCUGGGUGUGUAUGGUGUCUGUCCGUGUCCCAUACAGAACUUCGAGAAUAUGCCUCUUACGUGGUUCAUUACCGGCUGCUCCAGCGGCUUCGGCGAGUCUCUUGUUCGCCAACUUCGUGCCGCAGGCAAUAACGUUAUCGCAACUGGUCGUAAUGCCGAUGCCAAGCUCGUCCACCUGAAAGACACUGGAGCAGAGAUUAUCGACCUCGAUGUGACAGCGCCGGUCAGCGACAUCAAGGCUUUGGCCGAACAGGCUUGGGGGAUCUAUGAUGGAAUCGAUGUAGUCGUUAACAACGCUGGUUACAUUCUCAGCGGUCCCGUUGAAGAGCAAACCCAGGAGGAUAUGGAGAGAUCAUUCAAAGCCAAUUUCCAUGGUCCUAUGAACAUCACCCGUGCGUUUCUUCCAUAUCUGAAGAAGAGAGGAUCUGGAACAUUGCUUUAUGUCAGUUCCCAAUCAGCCUGGCACUCUGAUCCCGGUGCAUCAAGUUACUGCGCCAGCAAAUUCGCACUAGAAGGCACCGUGGAAUGUCUCGCCAAAGAACUCGCAAUAGUAGCGCCCUUCAUCAAACUCCUGAUGGUCGAGCCCGGAUACUGCCGAACACCCGUUUUCGACAAAGUGCAGCACGUCCCUCGCAGUCUGCCAGAGUACGCGCCGUUCAACGACGCUGUGCUACAGGCUGAGUCUGUGUUGACGGCUACUUCGCCUGGAGAUCCGGAGGUGGCUGUUACGAGAAUGAUUGAGCUUGUGAGGGGAACUGGAUUUGCUGAGGGGAAGAAGGUGCCUUUGCGUGUACCUUUGGGGUCGGAUUGUUUGGAGAGGAUUAUGGCUAAGUGUCAGGAGACGUUGGAGAUCUGUAGGGAGUGGGAGAAUACGGCGAGGAGUGUGGAUUACAAGGUAGAGUCGUCGGCCUGA